AUGAAUUUUGUUUUGGGACAAGUACUUGGUGAAGGCUCAGCAGGUAUCGUUUAUCAAGGAACGUGGAACAAUCGAGUUGUAGCUAUAAAAAAAUUUGUUGGUCAGCAUACACGUCAUGCUGAACAGGAAAUGAAACUAUUACGGACAUUAAACCAUCCAAAUAUCAUUCAAUGUUUUGAUCACCAGCAAGAUCGAACAGAUACCUAUUUGAUUAUGGAAUUUAUUGAAGGUGGUACAUUGUUUGAAUAUAUCCAACGAUCAUAUGAUGAAAUGAAUACAAACUCAUAUUGGUAUAAAUGUAAAUCAAUUGCAAAUGAUAUUGCACAAGGAAUGAAUUAUUUGCAUGAACGUAAUGUCAUACAUGGGGAUUUAAAAAGUCAUAAUAUUUUAUUGCAAUUAAAUGAGGAACAAGCUAAAAUUUGCGAUUUUGGAUUGUCAAAGACAAUGAGUGAUACAAGAAGUCAUAUGACUACACCUACGAAAAGAUAUACAAGUGCUCAAGGUACGUGCAACCUUUCUGAUCCCAAGAUGAAACUUUCUUUAGCCAUUAGAGGAAAAGUAACUAAUAGGGAAUUAUAG